UGAAAUUUGAGAAGCGAUGUCGAGUCGUCACUACCGACCGAAAUCUUCCCUUCUCUGUGGAUUCUGCGGCGAAAGUAAAUAAACAGCAGAGGAGAGUCGAGGCGCCGCCAUUCAAACUCAAUACACACUCAUUGAUGGCCUCCUCGUUGCUCUUGCCGCCGCCAACCGCUUCUCCUCUUUUCUCGCGCUCCGCUUUUCCUACUCCCACCGCACGCUUCUGCUUCUCUCCCGCCAGAUGCGAGUUGACAGAUGCGGUGAACGGGAAGCCUCGUGUUCCUGUUCUCAACGACCAGACAUUGCCCAAGUACUUGCAGUCCAGACGAUUGGAGAAUGCUGUCAAUAAAAACAUUAAUAACGAGAUCAAGAUUUUCUCCGGUACUGGCAAUUUGAUGCUUUCUCAGGAAAUUGCUAAGUAUAUGGGCCUCAACCUUGGAGGUAUCCGGAUUAAACGAUUUGCAGAUGGAGAGAUUUAUGUUCAGUUGCAAGAGAGUGUCCGUGGCUGUGAUGUCUACCUGGUCCAGCCCACCUGUCCUCCAGCCAACGAAAAUCUUAUGGAGCUUCUUAUAAUGAUAGAUGCUUGCCGAAGAGCUUCAGCCAAAAAUAUCACUGCAGUGAUCCCAUACUUUGGAUAUGCGCGAGCUGAUAGAAAGACACAAGGACGUGAAUCUAUUUCUGCCAAAUUAGUAGCCAAUCUUAUCACAGAAGCAGGUGCAGAUCGUGUUCUUGCCUGUGAUAUUCACUCAGGGCAAUCCAUGGGUUACUUUGAUAUUCCCGUGGACCACGUGUACUGCCAGCCUGUCAUCCUUGAUUACCUCGCCAGCAAGAAGAUAUGCUCUGGUGACCUGGUAGUGGUCUCACCUGAUGUUGGAGGAGUUGCACGGGCACGAGCUUUUGCGAAGAAGUUAUCUGAUGCACCUUUGGCCAUUGUGGACAAAAGGCGUUCGGGGCAUAAUGUUGCUGAGGUAAUGAAUCUGAUAGGUGAUGUUAAAGGAAAAGUUGCAGUGAUGUUAGAUGACAUGAUAGAUACAGCAGGAACUAUAGCCAAAGGUGCAGAGUUGCUGCAUGAUGUAGGUGCUCGGGAAGUCUAUGCAUGUAGCACUCAUGCGGUUUUCAGUCCCCCUGCAAUUGAGAGGUUGUCGAGUGGGCUGUUCCACGAGGUUAUUGUUACAAAUACACUUCCAGUAUCGGAGGAAAACUAUUUCCCCCAAUUGACAGUUCUUUCAGUUGCUAACCUCAUGGGCGAAACAAUAAGGCGAGUUCAUGAUGAUUGUUCUGUGAGUAGCAUUUUCCAGUGAUAAAUUAUACUCCAUGUUUGCUUGAUGAUGGCGACAAACCUUUUCCGUUGAAGAAGCAUAUUUUACCAGUUCACCUUCUGUUCUGUAAUCUCACCAUCUCCUGCAACUCAACUCCACAAGGGACCUUUCACAUUCAUAGCAAUAAAACUCAAGUCUUUGGAAAUGAUCUUUUCAUGAAUCCCAGAGUAGAUAUCUCUGGAAUUGAAAAUAGUGAUCAGCUCAAAACAGGUCUUUUUUAUUAUUUUUUUUUUCUGGAACAAAAUCAGCAAGGAGUUGAUACUUUUUGGUAGCAGGAAGGUUGAUUUUUUUUAUUUUCAUUUUUUUUGCUUUGACCUCUCUCCAUGUUUUGGAACAUCAUUCAUUCAUUACUAGUGAAUUAUUGAGAACCAAUUACAACUAA